AUGAUGACAACUAUCUCUCGCGAUCCCGACCUGCCGUUCAAUCCGGACGACGCGCGGGGUGCCUUCCAUCGUAGGAGCGUGUCGCUUGCGACAGCAACCUCGCAUUUGCGGGAUGCGAACCAAGCUUGGGCGUCGCCCGCCCUGUUCGUUCCCCCACCGCACUCGCCGCUGUCACAGCUCCCGCCUUUGCUAGAAAACUGCGGCAACGACGGAGCCGCGGUGGACGGCGCUGACGCAGCACGGUGGAACGAUGGGCCGGGGGAGCAAACGGCCUUCGACGUGGCAUUGCCAGAAGCUGUCAACGGCAGGACUAACGGCUACCUUCGGGGCGACGAGUUGGCGGGCUGGCGGCCGCUCGGCCGAACCCGCUCUCAGGCCAUCGGGCCGACUCAUCAAGCGCAGCGCGCGACUCUCCUGGCGUCGCCGUCGCAGCGCUACGAUUCGUCCUCAUUCUCGGGAAGCUUGAAGGAGAGGACGAGCGAGCACGCGGCGCGCAUCAGAAACAUGAUGCAGAAAGAACGACUCGAUUUCUCGGAAGCACCGUCGAACGCGCAGCCCGCGACUGUAAAAGUCAACUCCGAUGACCCGCUUGCGCUUGCGGAAGGACUGCCCUUGUCUUCUCCGCAGCUGUCGCAGCAGCAAAAUGCUAACGGCGAAAUGUCAGCACAAGCGACAGCUCCGCCGGGGGGACACCGGCGGGGAGGUAGUAACCAGUUGGGGGGGCUGCAGGCACAUCUGCCGCACCUCCUGCCCGCGACCACACUGAGUCGACCGCACCCGACGACCGCAGCCGCAGUUUGUCCCAAGUGCGGCCAUACCAUGGCCCCCGCGGCUUCUUCCCCCGACGAAGGGCGGGAAUCCGCGCAGGGGCGGAAGGACCGGCGGCGCGUGCCGACUGCGGCGGUGGAAGCGGCGGCGAUGGCGGCAAAGGCCGCGCAAGCCGCCGCGAUGGCCGCAGAGGCUGCUGCUGCCGCCGCGAAGGAGGCUGCUAGCGCUGCCGCUGCUGCCGCCGCUGCGAUCGCGGAGGAGACGGACAGUGACUGUUGGGAGAGUUACUGUGUGGGGGAAGAAGUGGGGAAGGGCGCCACAGGAGGAGACGGACGCGACAUGGGAGCGCGCGUCCAGGCGGCAGUGACAGGCGGCGGGGGGGACAAGCGCAGCGAAGCGGUAGCUUGCGGGGAAGGCAGGGAUACGGGUGAUGAGGAAGGGAGAAGAUUGGCGGAAGAGAGCGCAGAGACAGUGAGGGCGGAAGAGAGCGCAGAGACAGUGAGGGCGGAAGCAGAGGACGGAGCGGGGGCAGGCACAGUGGGGGACAAUGAGGUCGCAACGGCGCGGCAGGGGGAAAUGAGUGAUGGUGAGGCGGGGACGAGGGCAGGGGGAGAACCAGGCACGGAGGCCGGGGGCCGCGGGCAGAAGGCGCAAGGAAAGUAUAAGCGACUGUCGCCCCGGCCCGUGAUUGUAGAGAGAAGAGGGUUCUGCGAUGCGCGCGCGAUACAGUCACCCCCUGGUGCAAGCGCCACCAUGGGCAACGAGGAAGAAGGGGCGGAGAGCGGACGUGCGCGCAGCGGAAUGGGCCAACUGUCGCCCCAGGAGCGAAGGGGGAUGGAGAGGGGGGAGGAUGGAGCGGAGGAGAGCAGGGUGGGGCCUGGGGCGAUGAACGGUGGAGAUGCAACGGAUGGCAGCGAGGGUGCGGACGAGAUGGCGGCUGGGGAUACGGGGGGUCACGAGGAGUGGGAGCAGGCGGAGCAGAAGGGGCCGAGGGAGCAGCGAGCGCCGUUCCCCUCGCCCCAUUCCCACGCUGAACCGCGCCUGCACGCUGCACCCCCCGCUGCCAGGCCCUUCGUCGCGUCUUCUCCGCGCGCCCACUCACCCCGGCGCCUGUCGCCCUCGGCGCGAUCACCCCAUGCCACGUCAUCUCCGACGGCCGCAGCCGCAGGCACCCGCGCAGGGACCCGCGCAGACGCCCGCGCUGGCGGCCAGUCGGGGACAGGCAGCAGUGGCAGCGAGGGCGAGGAGUAUCACACCCCGCACAGCACCCCUCCCCCGCCCACCGACAGCCUCCCCUCCGCGCUGCAGCGCGCGCAGCAGCUGGCGGGGCUCCCCUUGAGCCCGUCGCUCGAGGCGUACCUUGUUGACGCGCGCGCCGACCACGCUGCGGACGGCUCCUGCGCGGAGCCUCCGGAGGCGCACGACACGGGGGAGAGCAGCGCGGAGUGCGGCGCGGAAAACGGCGAGGACAUCCCUCCCGUCGAGGACGGUCCCCUCGCCGCCCCCAGCAGGCCCCCCAAGUCACCCAGGCCAGAGCGCGCGCUCUCCCCCCUCGCUGCGCGGGGCGCGCGCCAGGCACGCGCGCGCCAGGCGCCUGCGCGCUCGCCGCGGUCGCCCAGGACGAGAGCGGUGAAGGACGGUGCGUGGCGGUGCAAGUCCAUGCAGGAGGGCUCCUCCAACCCCCCCAGCGCCGCCAGCGCCAGCCGCGCUGGCGCCUCCGGCGGCGCUGCUGCCUCCGCCGCGCGCCCUGCCGCGCGCACACGGUCCUUCCGCGAGCAGUCGCUCCGCGGGACGCUGAGGGGCGCAGGUGGAGGGGGGAGGGUGCUGCGCAAGGCGGGGUCAGAGCCAGAGGAGCGGGGGGGGGCGGGGGAGGGGGGUGGGGUAAGCAGAGGGGGCAGGGGCGCGCGGGGCGGGCAGGCGUGGUCGCAGGCGCGGCCUAAGUCGCCGAGGGAGGCGCUGCGGUCGCCCAGGGCGCGCUCCAAGUCGCCCACCGACGGGCUCAGGUCGCCCAGCGAGGGGCUGCGCUCCCCCCGCGCUGCAAGCAGGUCCCCGCGCCCCCUGCCUUCCCCCAACGCGGGGCUGCCGGGGCGAGACGUGGGCGCGGGGGAGAGGGGCGCGGCGGGGAGGAGCAGGCAGGUGCGGAAGGUGAGCAGCUGGAGUGGCCCUGGAGGGGCGGAGGGCGGAGGAGGGGGAGAGGGGGACGCAGAGGAGACAGGGCGCCGCACAGGCGCAGAGAGCAGGGCAGGGGGAGGGGGAGGAGGAGGAGGAGCGGGGCGGGGAGUGGGGCAGGGCGGGUUGGGGCAGGCGGGAUCGGCGUCGUUCUCAGCAGGGGGGGCGCGGGUGGCGGAGUUCAUACUGGGGCGCGCAUACAGGGACGUGGGGGAGGCGUACGAGGUGGGGGGCGAGCAGCUGGGCGUGGGGCAGUUUGGGGUGAUCCGCGCGUGUGUGAGCCGCAGCACGGGGCAGGUGCUGGCGUGCAAGGCAAUCGGCAAAGAGCGCAUUGUGGCGCAGGAGGAUGCGGAGGACGUGGCGAAGGAGGUGCGCGUGAUGCAGCAGCUGAGGGGCCACCCACACAUCGUCAAGAUCCACCGCGCCAUGGAAGACUCCCAGAUGCAGCAGCUGCGCGGCCACCCGCACAUCGUCAAGAUCCACCCGCACAUCGUCAAGAUCCACCGCGCCAUGGAGGACACCCAGCACGUGCACAUCAUAAUGGAGAUCUGUCGGGGCGGUGAUCUCUUCGACCGCGUCAAGGUGGGCGGCAGACUGAGCGAGCGCAGUGCAGCGGCCAUCACUAUGCGGCUGGUGGAGGCGCUGCUGUGGUGCCACGAGAAGGGCGUGGUGCACCGUGAUGUGAAGCUGGAGAACAUUCUGCUCAAGCAGCGCGGGCAUGACACCGACAUCCGCCUCACUGACUUCGGCAUGGCUGCUGAGGUCCACCCAGGCGAGGUGCUAACGGAGCUGAUAGGCACGCCGUACUACAUGGCGCCCGAGGUGCUGGCGGGCUCGUACGGGUCGGAAGCAGACAUCUGGAGUGCGGGCGUGGUGCUCUACAUCCUGCUGUGCGGCCUGCCGCCCUUCUAUGCCGCCAGCAAUGAGGGCAUAUUCGACGCCAUUCGCAGCAAGGACGUGCAGUUCAAGGCGCCCAAGUGGCACGGCGUGAGCGGCGCUGCCAAACUGCUGAUCAGCAGCAUGCUCGAGAAAAACCCGCGCGAGCGCAUCACAGGAGAAGAGGUCCUUGAGCAUCCUUGGAUUAAGGCACAUGCGUUUGAUGACUAA